AUGUUAAAAAAAUCGCAAAAAAAUAGUAAAAAAUUGUGUGCGUUGAUAAAACUUUGCACACAGCUCACUGAGGUGCUAAUGAACCUACAAAAUGAAGGACAACCCCUUACGACCCGUCAGGGUAGGAAAAAACUUCAAAAAACCACCCCCAUAUGUUAA